AUGCUGACAUCGUCUCUUAAGGUCAUCUACUACUUCGUUCAGGAUGACUCGCAACGAAGAAUUCUGCGAACCCUGAAAUUAAAUGCAAGUUUGGUGUCACAAAUAUGCAGACGCCUACAAGAUGUGUGCUCUCUGGACCUGCAGACGCGUCCAAUAAUACCAUUUGGUGGCCCGGGUGUUGUCGUGAAAUGUGAUGAAAGUAAAUUUAAUCACAAAGCAAAGUGCAACAGGGGAAGGAGGGCUGCUCGUGACUCGUGGGUGUUUGGUAUAGUCUCUUGUGCGAAUAGUCCCGCAAGAGGCUAUUUCCAAGUAGUGGACAGAAGGAAUGCGGCAACUCUUCUGCCCAUCAUUCAAAGAUGCGUUUUGCCAGGCACAGAGGUGCACAGCGAUGAUUGGGUCGCAUAUCGAAGACUCCAACUUUUGCCCAAUGUCAACAGGCACCGAGUUGUUGUACACGCGCACAAUUUUGUGGAUCCACGAACAGGCGUGCACACACAAGAGGUGGAGUCCGCUUGGAGUCAGUUAAAACUGGGGCAGAAAAGAAGAAAGGGGCUGCGCAGAGAAGAUCCUCAAUCCUUCCUGGACGAGAGAAUGUGGCGGCAAUGGAGAGGGGGCAGCUAUGGAGUGAUUAUGCGCAAUUUCCUUCCCAUUUUCCCGCUACAAUUUCCAACAGAUAAUCUGGUACUUUAA